AUGGCCGCGGCUGAUGUUCAAGCCCCAUUCUACCCAGGCCCUCCGGGCCAACCGGACAUUGGAUAUGCCCCUGAUUAUGGCAGCUUUGUCGCCAGAACAAAGCGACGCCAAGAGCAGGAGAAUCUCGACAAGUAUUUGCCUACAGGCUUCCCGCAGAAACUAGAGUCGAAGCUGGUAUGGGAUGGAAAUACCUUGGCUCAGCACUACGACUGGAACUACGUCUUGACAGACGCUGAUAAGAAAGAAAUUGAUGAUGCUCUCGGGCACUUCAAGUCCUCGGAAAAGCCACUUGGAGACAUCAGUCAGGAGACAUUUCCCUUACUACACCUUCACAAAACUCUGCGUGAGAUCUCGGAAGAGAUUCACAACGGUCACGGCAUCAAGGUCAUACGUGGCGUUCCAGUAACAAAGUAUACUCGCGAAGAAAACGUCAUCAUCUACGCCGGAAUCUCCUCCCACGUGGCUCCGAUCCGCGGCAGACAAGACAACCAGUUCCAAGGCGAGCCUGCAGACGUUGUUCUGGCACAUAUUAAAGACCUCACUAAGAUAGUUGACCCCCAUAAGAUUGGAGCACCGGCCUAUACGACUGACAAGCAAGUCUUCCACACCGACUCGGGUGAUGUAAUUGCGCUCUUUGCACUCGGCGAAGCCGCUGAAGGUGGUCAGAGCUACCUCUCGAGCAGUUGGCAUGUGUACAACGAGCUGGCUAGGACAAGGCCCGAUUUGAUCCGCACCUUGGCUGAGCCUUGGAAUGCCGACGAGUUCGGAAAGGACGGUAGAUCAUAUAGCACCAGGCCCUUGCUUCAUCACCAGCCAGCAGCAGACGGUAAGCCCGAGCGCUUGAUCAUUCAAUAUGCCAGACGCAGCUUCACGGGCUACUGGGGUUUGCCACGGUCCUCCGACAUACCCCCCAUCACCGAAGCGCAGGCCGAGGCUCUCGACGCGCUACACUUCCUCGCCGAAAAAUAUGCCGCCCACUUGAACUUUCAUCAAGGCGACAUCCAGUAUGCCAACAAUCUGAGCAUAUUCCACGCCCGUGGAGGCUUCAUAGAUUCUGAGGAAAAGCAACUAUGGCUCCGGGAUCCUGAGCACGCAUGGAAGACGCCUAAUGCCUUGCGGGAGCGGUGGGAUCGUGUGUACUCGGGUGUCACGCCUGAGAAGUCCGUGUUUCCUCUAGAGCCUCAGAUUCGCAGUGCCAGUCGAGGAGAAUUCAAGCCUGACGAGAAGGCAGCGCCGACUUUAUGA